AUGACAGAAGUUCAUUGUUCAGAUCCUCAUUCACUUCAACUCAUACAUGAUAAACCCUUGAAUACAGGUCCAAUUAUUAGAGACAAUUUGUUUCAAGAAAUUGACGUGAAAAUGAUGAAUGGUAAAAUUGAAGUUGAAACAAAAGCAUUAAUAGAUAAAAAGCUAUCACAAAUUACCGACUCAAAUCAAAAUAGUCUUUUAGACGGAUGGGUUAAUGACACAAAUGAUCAAGAAGAUUACUUACAAUCCAUAAAGUUUAAUAAAUCAAUUUCACAAACUGAUGAUUCUGUUGGCGAUAUAGAGUUUGUAAAAAAAGAAUCUGAUGAUGAUCAAACUGAAGUUCCAUUGACCAUUGAUUCUCUGAUGUUUGAUCCUCUUGGGGAUGAAAAGAUCAUCGCUUCAGAUGCUUCCUUGUCAGAAGAGGAGAAAAAGGAGAAUAUCACUCGCAUCUUUACAAGGGCUUCUAGUAAUGGAAACUUGGAAAAAGUGUCAACAAUGUUGGAAACUGUAAGGAAAUACAUUGAUAUUGAUGCCCAAGAUGAAGAAGGCACAACUCCUUUGAUUUAUGCGGCUUGCUUUGGGCAUGAAUCUGUUGCAUUCACGUUAUUGGAAGCUGGUGCUCAAGUUGAUGCUAAAGAUACCAAUGGUUGGACGCCAUUAAUAUGGGCCGCAAAUAAUAGUCGUGAUGCGGUCGUUAAAUUGCUUUUGGACCAUGGUGCGGAUGCCACAGCUAAAACUGCUAAUCGCCGAACUGUAUUUGAUUUUAUGACGCCUGAACAAAAUCCAAAAAUCGCCGAGAUUUUCAAUCAUAAUCCUCAACGUGACAGUUGGUCAAGUGCUGGUAGCAUAGGCCGUUGGUCAUGGUAUGAUCCUUCCGAUAAUAAGUUAGUUGAGCAAAUGGCUGAAUCUGAAAUGAAAAAGAGAAUGUUAAUGGAAAGUGCCUAUAAUUUGGAAGUAGAUAUGGCAAGUCUUGGGUUAGAUGAGCUUGAGGCUCAAGAUGAAGAAGAAGAUCCAUUAUCGGAAUUCUUGUGGCACAUGUGUCUUCCAGAUCAAAUGUUCGUAUUUUCACAAGAAGACAUACCGCAUAUUUUAAAAACCGUGAUCUUGGAUAUGCAACCGAUACGAUCAAAAGUACAAAAACCUGUCCCAGCAAAUAUUAUAUUUUUGAGCGCUCGCUUCGCUCAUUAUUUUAGCAGUUCUGAAUUAUUGGAAUCACUUUUAUUUUCCGUCAUUUCUGCGAUCGAUCAAUCAAUCAAGGCACGACCUGAAGAUAUGACUUUGUUAUCUUUCUGGAUCUCAAAUUGCACGUUAUUGUUGUACUAUUUGAAGAAAGAUACUGGACUUGCUAUCGCAACAGUAGAAUAUCAAUUACGAAUUUCAGAACUUCUUCAUGAAAUAUAUGUUCUCUUAAUAAAAGAUGCUCAAAGACGUAUUGAUAAAAUAUUAGAGGCAGCUGUAUUAGAGUUUGAUACAAUUCCGGGAUUGGAUGAUGUGAGAUUCGAGGGUGAAUGGCGUGUUUUCAAACAUUUAAUACGAAGGUCAAAGAGCCCCGUAAAUUAUAAUCCUGCAUUUAUACCAACUUCUACAUCUUUGAAACGAAGUUCAUCAACAAGCAGCAUUUUAUCAUUCCGUGCACCUCAAUCACCAAGACAAAGGAGCGCACCAUCCCCUCGUAAUGUCACUUCUUUAUUAUCCUCCACACUUUUUGUCCUACAAACUUAUGAGAUACAUCCCAUGAUUAUAGAACAAGUUAUGAAUCAAUUGUUCUAUUUCAUAUCAUGUGAACUAUUUAACAAAAUACUAUCCAAGAAGAAAUACUUGUGCCGAUCAAAAGCAAUGCAAAUUCGUCUAAACAUUUCAACUAUUGAAGAUUGGGUUCAUACGAAUAAUUUGUCAUUAUCAUUGAUAACACACUUUCAACCAUUAAUUCAGCUCUUACAGUUAUUAAUGUGUUGGUCGCAAAUGACAGAUUUCCUAAUUUUGAUUCAAACGACAAAAGAACUUAAUCUUAUUAACCCCGCUCAACUUAAGCGGGUCAGUAAAAAUUAUCGGUAUGAGGUUAAUGAGCCAAGGAUAACCGAAGAAUGUCAACAAUACAUCUUACAGUUGGAAGAAGAUACCGAACGACGGAAGAAAAGAUAUUCCACCGAAAGCAUACGGAGCGAUCGAAGUGAUGCUUCUAGUAUCAUUUAUCUCACGGUAUCACCCACAUUACCGCCUUGUGGUACAGGACCAGGUUGGGAAGAUGAUGAAGAUUUGAUGGAGAUGAAAGAUAGUGAAUUAUUAUUACCGUUCGCUAUACCGACCAGCACAGAAAUGUUGGCUAAUUAUGGUGGACAAGAGAAAGAAGGUGAAUUCAUACCUUUGGUACCUGAUGAUUGGAUGGAAAAAUUAGACAUUGGAAUGAGACAUGGUCCAAGCACU